AUGUCGCUUUCGGCUAUGGGAACCCGUCUCUCCGGCAAGACAGUGUUGAUUACCGGCGCUUCGUCCGGGAUCGGCCGGGCUACCGCGUUCGAGUUCUCAAGGACCGCGCCGGAUAUCAAGCUUAUUCUGACGGCACGGAGGAUCGAUACGCUGAAGGAGGUGGCGGCACAGAUCGAGGAGGAGAGUAAGGGACGUACGAAGGUCUUGCCGGUGAAGUUUGAUGUUUCGGAUCCAAAGGAAGUCGCCAGCUUUGUAGAGGGAUUGCCCGAGGAGUGGAGAGCGAUCGAUGUUUUGGUUAAUAAUGCCGGUUUGGUCAAGGGCUUGGACAAAGUCGGCGAGAUCGCGGAGGAGGACGUGAACAUCAUGAUGACUACAAACGUGAUCGGGCUCAUCGGCUUGACCCAGCAAAUCGUGAAGAUCUUCCACGCACGCGGCGGAAAGGGCGAUAUCAUCAAUAUCGGCUCCAUCGCCGGCCGUGAUCCCUACGCUGGCGGAUCAAUAUACUGCGCUACUAAGGCUGCCGUCCGUGCGUUCUCGGACUCCCUGAGGAAAGAGUUGAUCGCCACGAAGAUCCGUGUGAUGGUCGUGGACCCAGGACAAGUCGAGACGGAGUUCUCGGUUGUUAGGUUCCGUGGGGACAAGGCGAAAGCCGACGCUGUCUAUGCCGACGUGGAUCCGCUGACAGCUGAGGACAUUGCUGAGGUCGUGGUUUUUGUGGCUGGCAGGAAGGAGAAUGUUGUCGUGGCUGAUACACUGGUGUUUCCAAGCCACCAGGCAGGUGCGGGCGUGAUGCACAGGAAGUCAGCCUAG